GCAGACCGAGGUGCAAGUGGGAAUCAAACAAAACGACCGGGAAUAUAUUUGAUAUACUUUGAAAUCUUUGAUUUUAACUUUUUAAAAAACGAAUUAAACACCUUUACGCGUUUAUUGUUCAUAUUCAGGCACUGGGAACAUUGGAGAUUCCGCGCUCUAUUGAUUUAAAUGUAGAAUAGCUAAGUAUCUGCACCACGUUAGAUUGAACUAACACUUCAACUAAAGCUUGUUUUUUUUUUUUUUUAUUAAUCUUAAUGCUAAACCAUAAACUUAUGUUUAAUCGUCUAAAGAGGAGCUGACACUUUUCCGUUUCUGUGCUGUCAUCUUCAGGCAAAAAAAAAAAAAUUGGGAUGAUAUACAUUCAAUGUAUACCUUUUUGAUGACUUUUUGUUUACUUGGAUCAAGGACCACGUAGUGUUCUCUAACUUUUGGCAACAGAUUUGACCCUCUCACCAAGGAUAGCAACGCAGUGACUGGAGUCACAAAAUAUGGUCCACUGUGCUGGAUGCGAGAGGCCUAUUCUGGACAGGUUUCUUCUCAGCGUCUUGGAUAGAGCCUGGCAUGCAAAAUGCGUGCAAUGUUGUGACUGUAAAUGCAAUUUAACUGAUAAAUGCUUUUCAAGAGAGGGACGACUCUACUGCAAAAACGACUUUUUCAGACGUUACGGCACUAAAUGUGGAGGCUGCGCGCAGGGAAUCUCGCCCAGUGAUCUAGUUCGGAAAGCGCGAAGCAAAGUCUUUCACUUAAACUGUUUCACCUGCAUCAUGUGCAAUAAACAGCUGUCCACUGGCGAAGAACUUUACAUACUGGAUGAAUAUAAAUUUGUCUGCAAGGAGGAUUACUUGAAUAACAGCGUCGGAAAAGACACAACCCUUCUGUCAGUUACUACGUGCAGUGACCCGAGCUUAUCUCCAGAAUCUCAAGACCCGCAGGAUGACAAAGACUCUGAGACUGGACACAUGUCAGACAAGGAGACCUGCAACAAUGAAAACGACGAGCAGAAUCUGGGAGGCAAACGUCGCGGGCCGCGAACUACUAUCAAAGCCAAGCAGCUGGAGACACUGAAGGCUGCCUUCGCCGCAACCCCCAAACCGACCAGACACAUACGAGAGCAGCUGGCGCAGGAAACAGGCCUCAAUAUGCGAGUCAUUCAGGUGUGGUUUCAGAAUCGGCGCUCUAAAGAGAGGCGCAUGAAGCAGCUCAGCGCGCUGGGCGGCAGAAGACACUUGUUCUUCCGCAGUCCGAGGAGAAUGAGGGCGCUGGGCGAUCGGAUGGAACCAGGGGAGCUCAUGGCCAACGGACAUUUCUCUUUUUAUGGCGACUAUCAAGGCGAGUACUAUGGCCCUGGCUCAAACUACGAGUACUUCCCUCAGGGUCCACCGUCCUCCCAAGCCCAGACUCCUGGUGAUCUAGGAUUCAUGACCUCCUCUGGCCCAGCUGGAACCCCUCUCGGGAGCAUGGACCAUCAUCACGGAGCACACCACCCCUCCAAUGAGACACAAUGCUUCAGUGAGAUGAUAUCGCAUCACCCAGGGGACUCCCCCAGCCCAGAGCCCAGCGCACCCGCCUCCAUCCACAGCAUCUCUGACAUGUGUGACUCCACGCCACCUUUCACAUCCCUGAACUCUCUCAGUGCCAACGGAUACAGCAAUCUGUCCUCGGAGAUGAACGAGGGAACAGUGUGGUAGCAAACCACAGACCGAUUGAGGACACAAACAUGUGAAAACGUCCGUUCAUGCGUGAUUUCAUAGCAGCGAAAUUUCUAUUUAGUUAUUUAUUGACAUUAUUUAUUUGUUCAUUCGUUUACCUAUUUAUUUAAUGUAUUUAUCUAUUUAAGCAGCAUUUGUGUAUUUUGAAAGUGGAAUGUCAAAUAUGGGUCUGCAGACCUUAUAGCUGUGCUAUAGACAAGCUGAAGCAGAAUGUUUAUAUUUACAACACCUGGUGUGUCUGUUCACAUGUGUGUAUCAUAACCUGACGACUCAGACCUCUUUGCCUUUUGAGGCUUUGCCAUAAUGACACUUGAAAUCAUCUCACACCAAAAUCUUUCUCUGCUCUUCAUGCGGUGGAGUUAUGAGUUCCAACAAGUCUCAGAGCGUUUUGCCUUUUAAAGGGAAACUUAUAAUUGUUGGAACGAACCCUUUAUUUGAAAUGAAAUAUGACUUGAAUUAUAAGACGAAGUCUACCUUCUAAAAAUCAUUUCAUAUAUGGUCAGUGGACAGAGAGGAGUCAAUUGUUUACGUAUAUUUUCUUCAGGGGUUUAAAUAUAAACCCUCUUGAUACCGACAUUAACUUUUUUCUUCAAGCAAGGAACCAAACUUUUGUAUUGAUUCAAUUUAUAUCUGACUUGUGAAUCACUGUAUUAGUUUGUAUGAUAUUGUGUUUGCACAAAGAAUACACUCAACAAAACCAUAAAUACAUGUUGACAAUUGAAGCGCAAAUAUAUGUAAAUGGGCUUUUUUUUUUAAAC